UCUGACCGGAGCACGGGCAGCACCGACAGUAGCGGGAGGCAGCCGAGGAGAGCGUUUAUUGGAGGUGUUCAGGGCAUCUCUUCCGGCUUCCGACUACCAGCUCCGCCCGCGGGAUGUUUUUAACCAAUAUUUUCACCCAUUGUUUUCAGUGGACUUCUCACUCCUCUGUACUGGAGUGUCUGCACGGAGGAGACCCCUUGACCAUUGAGGAGUGGAUGAAGGAUUGGUUCCCUGCCGCUGUCUGGGGUGGUCGGUUACAAACGCCGGGAAUAGCUGCUUGCGGUCGGAGGCUGUAGCCGGUUGGACCACCAAGCUGGGCUUUUACUUCCCUCUCCGCUGCCAGCUUCGCCGCCCAGUUCUCCUUCACCGGACUAGGUCAUCUGUUUCCAAUUUGCCACAAUUACAAAUAUUACAGUGAACAUUCCUGAAUGGACUUCUGUUUGUGAAAAAGCUUUGAGUUAUAGUCCUUGGAAUAGAACUGGUCCGACUGCAGACACAGCCCCCAAGUUCACCUGGACAGCCUCCCAUGUAUUCUGGGACCAUUGACUGUUUCCGGAAGACUCUUGUUAGAGAGGGCAUCACAGGACUAUACCGGGGCAUGGCUGCUCCCAUCAUCGGGGUCACCCCCAUGUUUGCUGUGUGCUUCUUUGGGUUUGGUUUGGGGAAGAAAUUGCAACAGAAAUCCCCAGAGGAUGUACUCAGCUACCCCCAACUGUUUGCAGCUGGGAUGCUAUCUGGAGUUUUUACUACAGGAAUCAUGACCCCUGGAGAACGGAUCAAGUGCUUGUUACAGAUUCAGGCUUCUUCAGGGGAAAUCAAGUAUACUGGUACCAUGGAUUGUGCAAAAAAGCUAUAUCAGGAGUCUGGAAUCCGAGGCAUCUACAAAGGAACUGUACUCACUCUUAUGCGAGAUGUUCCAGCCAGUGGGAUGUAUUUCAUGACAUAUGAAUGGUUGAAAAAUAUCUUCACUCCAGAAGGAAAGAGUGUCAGUGAGCUCAGUGUGCCUCGAAUCCUCGUAGCUGGGGGCAUUGCAGGAAUCUUCAACUGGGCUGUGGCUAUUCCCCCUGAUGUGCUCAAGUCCCGCUUCCAGACUGCACCUCCUGGGAAAUAUCCUAAUGGUUUCAGAGAUGUGCUGAGGGAACUGAUCCGGGAUGAAGGAAUCACGUCCUUGUACAAGGGGUUCAAUGCUGUGAUGAUCCGAGCCUUCCCGGCCAAUGCGGCCUGCUUCCUCGGCUUUGAAGUUGCCAUGAAGUUUCUUAAUUGGGCCGCCCCCAACUUAUGAGGCUGAAGGCUGUGUGAAGCUUUUGGAUGCUUGAAGCUGUUAUCAAGAAGAAGCAGUGGGCAGGACUAAACCGUCCUGCUGGGUGAGGGAUAGGGGAUGGUGGGAUCAGAGCUCUGUGGACUUGAUGAGACCGUUGCCUUAAUGACAUCUUGUAUAACUUGGUGUGCCAUUUUAAAACCUGAAUUCACUCUUGUUGACAAGGGAUCUUAAGAGAAUUAGAAGAUGGAAUAAGUAGCUUCUAACCAAAUUCCACCUGUGGCCAGAGUGCUGCCAAUUGAUUGCUAGCCCUACUACACCCAAAAUACUCCUCAUUCUCAGUCCCUCACUGAAAACGCUAUGCAUGUUUUCAACCAAUUGGCCAGGAACUAGAAUCUUCUUUGAUCUCUAACCAGGAACAUCCACCAAUUUCCAGGGUGCCACCUAGUCCUGACCUGUGCAUGGGGCUGUAGACUUCAUAUUCACAUCUGUCUUGCCAGGUGGACUGAGCACAGGGGCAGAUUGCCUGUUAAUAGUCAGGCUGGGUAUUUUUUAAUGCAUGCAAAUCAUCAUAAUUAAAGCUAGUGCAGCCCAAAUUCCCAGGAGUAGCUAGAGAGUUUUCCCUCCUACACUGAGAGGAGAGUUGAAUCAACAGUCCCAGCCUAAGUGAGAAAGCCCAGGGUGUAGGAAGGCUCUUUUUUUGCACAUUCUCACAAGAGCACCCUAUUUUAACAGGAAGUAAUAAAUACUA